AUAUUCAUAUAUCAGGAACCAUGCGUAUAAACAACAAUAUAGUCUUCGUCUUUUUGUUAGAUUUAUUUUGCAAGCGGUUGGAUCGAACUGAUUAGCAACAGCUAGCAAAGAGGGGUGCGGCAUGGCGGGUCGCGGCCGCGGUCGGGGACGCUCGAACCUGACCUUCAGCAUCGAGGCUAUGGGCUUCGCCAAGGGAGAAGGGCUCCCUCCAUCCAUCCUGCAACCAACACCUCUGUUCCCACCAAUGGAACACAAGCCGGUUCCCCUGGCGACAGGCGAGGAGGCCGAGUACAUGCAGGCUCUGAAACAAGAGUUCAGAGGAGCCAUGAAAACCCUGCCCUUCUAUAUCAGACCUGCGGCUCCCAAGACAGACGUGGAGCGCUACUCUGAUAAGUACCACAGUGGGGAACCUGCGGACAACGUGAUAGACUGGAAGCCAGACUGGAGUCGGCUGCCUAAAGAACUUCGUAUCAGAGUCCGAAAGCCUGUGGAGAACAGGGUUUCUCUUCCGGUUGAUCGCAUGGACAGAAGUUCAGCCAAUCACAACCUCAGUAAGAAAGAAGAUGUACUGUUAAAGCUGGAGGCGCUCGAGAAGGGUGAGAAGGCCGGCAGCUCAGAGGAUGAGGACGAGGACGAGACGAAGAAGAAACAGAAGGAGGAGGAGGGGACAGAAGGAGAGGAGGAGUACGAAGAGGAGGAGCUUGAGGAGGGAACGGACUACAUCAUGUCCUACUUUGACAACGGAGAAGACAAUGGAGGUGACAGCGAUGAAAACCUGGAUGAGGCUGUCUACUGACCAACAUGUACAUGUCUCUUGGGUUACUCCUGGUUCACAACACUUUUUAUCGUCUGUGUGUACUCUUUUAAUAUUUUUUUAAAGCAAGCCUUUUAGAGAAAGUGUCUGUGUGUCUUUUUAUCAGUUGAUUCUAGGGUGACAGCCUGGAUGUUAAUAAUAAUAAUAAUAAAUUUUAUUUAUAAGGGUUAGCCCUUAGCCCUUAGCCCUUAGCCUUACCCCUAUGGAGUCCUGUAUAUACAUUAGUCUUAGCUUAACCUUACCCUAUAGAGCUUGUACAUUAUGCAUCAUGUUGUUUGUUUUUUGCCGAUGUUCCCCCAUAUUGAGAGGACUCAAGAGUCAUAGUACUAAAAAGCCUUUACAUAAACAUACCGUCACCUAGUUAAAAGCUUUGAUUUGGCACGCCACGCAUGAGAAACGCUUUGCCUGUUUUAAAGACAGUAAUUUUUCCCCAUAAUGCCAAAUAAUUUCGCGAUUAAUCACUAAAAAAAUACCAAAACCAUUAAUAUCAAGAUACUAGAACGCUCCUUUGCGGCGGUAAUUGUUAGUGACGUGAUUUACAAGCCCUAUCUUGGAAUAA